AUGGGCGGAUCAUGGACUCCUUCGACAACGGCACCAUGCUUUCUGUCUAGACGGUCCUCUUACCUUUCUUUUAACGUGUCUUCAAGGUCGAAACGUCGAGGAAUGUACUCCAGAAAACUCCUGAGGCUCACUUUGACCGUUGGAAGACGCUUCACAACGCGAGGAUUGUCGAGUCGAGCAUCGGACAUCCUGUCUUCGCUCGGGAUUCCCACCAAUGGCGAGUUAUCUGGGGUCUACGAUGGACAGUGGAAGGGCUCUGGCGACCUGAUGUCGUCCGUUUGCCCUACAACAGGAGAAGUACUCGCCCGGGUGAAGACUGCUACUCCUGGUGAAGUUCGUGAUGCGCUGGACCGAACCCGUGAGGCCUACACUCACUUUAGAAACGUCCCUGCUCCUCGCCGAGGCGAGCUCCUGAGACAGAUUAGAGAAGCCCUAUCGGCCCAGCGUGAAAACCUCGGCGCCCUUGUGUCCCUAGAGAUGGGGAAAAUUAAAACUGAGGGUGUUGGAGAGGUGCAAGAGUUCGUAGAUAUUUGCGAUUACGCUGUCGGUCUCUCUAGAAUGAUGAAUGGCCGCGUCGUGGCAUCAGAGCGCCCCGGUCACACCAUCCUAGAAGUCCCCAAUCCGUUGGGAGUCGUUGGCGUGCUCUCUGCCUUCAAUUUCCCUGUGGCAGUCUACGGAUGGAAUUUUGCUUUAGCUAUGGCUGCGGGAAAUGCCACGAUCUGGAAGCCUUCUCCCACAACACCGUUAUGCUCUAUUGCUGUUACCAAAAUCAUCGCAGAUGUGCUAGAGAAGAACGGAAUACCAGGUGCUGUGGCUAGUCUCGUUACGGGGGGCAAGGAAGCUGGAAAGGUCGUCGUUGGGAGCCACGAUGUGGAGCUCGUGUCUUUCACUGGCAGCGAACACGUCGGGCGUGAUAUUGGGGAAAAAGUCGCAUCAAGAUUCGGGAAAGUGAUCUUGGAACUAGGCGGGAAUAAUGCUUCCAUCAUAAUGCCUGAUGCUGAUCUGUCUCUUGCCGUUCCUGCUGUUUUCUUUGGUGCCGCGGGCACGGCAGGCCAGCGCUGCACUUCGACCCGAAGGCUGUAUCUCCAGAGACAAAUCGCCUCGGAGUUCUUAGAACGUUUGCAGCAGCUUUACAGUUCACUUUCUCCUGGUGACCCUCUUGUUGAUGGGACGCUACUCGGGCCGCUCCAUUCGCGCUCAGCCUGCGAGACAUAUGCCAAAGCGGUGCAACAUCUUCGCGCAUCGGGAGCUGAGAUUCUUACCGGUGGUAACAAGUACAAGGAAGGGCCUCUGAGUGCAGGCAACUUUGUGGAACCUACAGUUGCCAUCCCGAGAUUAGCAGCACCAGAUACUGACGAACUCAUCUGGAAGACAGAGACCUUUGCCCCAAUCCUCAAUGUUGCUGUCUUCGAUGAUUUAGAGCAAGCUAUUAGCUGGAAUAAUGGCGUUCCUCAGGGCUUGUCGAGCAGCCUUUGGACACGCGACCUGAGAAACCUUGGCAAGUGGAUAGGGCCUAGCGGCUCGGACACAGGCAUUGUCAAUGUCAACGUUGGCACCAGCGGGGCAGAGAUCGGGGCUGCUUUCGGUGGAAAUAAGAGUACGGGAUGGGGACGAGAGUCCGGAGGCGACUCAUGGAAGCAGUAUGUAAGAUGGAGCGCCUGCACCAUCAAUUUCUCGGACGAAGCACCGCUGGCGCAAGGCGUCAGCUUCUCUGCCUGA